UAUAGAUGAGAAAGGGCUGCGUCACUGAUGUUUGAUCAUACUUCAGGAAAUUCAUAAAAUAAAUGUAGAAGUUAUUUUCCUGUACUAAAUAUCCAGAAUAAUAAUGUGUUAAUACCAUCAUUUAAAUUGUUUUUAUUUUACAAGCUGGGGACCAACAAUAAUAUAUAAUACAAUAGAGUUUAUUCAAAGGAAGAUCAUACAGAUUCAUGCAGUCAUGUGAUGCAUAUGUAGGUUGUGUUUUAGGCUUUUGAGUUCAGUGUUGAAUUGUGAAAACCGAUGGCUUUAUUCCAAAGUGCUACAUAUCCAUUUAGAUACAUCAUCGGAAGAUGAAAAUUUCUAAUGGUUAACAUUUUUUUCGAAAAUAUAAAGAGACCUGAAUUACCAUCAACAUCUUUUUAAACUGUGCUGCUCAGAGUAUUGGAUUAGGUGUGACUGUUCUUUUGGAUGUAAUGCAAUUACAAUAUAUUGCUCAGCCUUGAACAUGUAUGUGUGAGUGCUGGUUGCUGCAGCCCGUUGGAUCAUCCCGUGGGUUGUAUUGAUUUUUACGUCGGCAGGAUAGAGUUUCUGCCAUAGUAACAUAUUACAUCUGCAUUGAUCAGGACAACUUGUCCGAGAUGUGAGCUGUAAAUGUAGAACCGGCUCCAUCGCUCCACAACACUCUGAAACCUGAGACAGAGAUGCAUCGUCAAAGAGAGAACAUUGCCUAUUAACAGUUGGUUAAUAUGUAUUUUAUUUGUAUUGUAUGAUUUUUGUAUUCAAGGUUACAUUUCUUACCAACAUUGCAAAUAAUAUAGUGGUCAUAGGACAGCACGAGGACACUAGAUAUCUUCGCUGUUGUCAAACUGGUAGAUUUUCACAUCUAAAGGCUUAAUGUCAUCUGUACUGGAAAAAAAAGCUAAAGUCAUUAAGUAGUGGCAUAAGCAGUAGUAGCCUUAAUAUUUAAUACUGGCAUUAGCAGCAGUAACAGCCGAGUGUCAGUCAAAGAUUCAGCUUUUCAAUCCGGGCAGGCGAGAAAGUUUUGAUUCAGUUUGAUUCAAAAUGUUUCAAAUCGAUUAUUGCUUAAACCAGCAGAUCAACGCAUCAUCACGAAUCAAAACCCACCUUUACAGAACUGCUAUUAAUGCGUGACGAAUGUGUGUUCUAUGUUUUUAGGGUUUUGCUUUUUUUAUGAUGAUUUUAAUGUUUGUAAAGUGUCUUUGAGAAUUUUGAAAAGCGCUAUAUAAAUAAAAUGUAUUAUUAUUAUUAUCAAUACUCAGUUAUGACAGUAUCAGUAAGUCACAAACGUGCUAGAAAACACUUUCUGCUUUUCAAGGAUGUUCCUAGAAAGCACUAUAGAGUGACUUUAGACUGCUGCAAGGAUUUAGCUGAUUCAAACUUAGCAAUAUACUGUAUAACAUAGCAAUUCAACUGAACCAUCACUCAAGAACACACGCCGCAAGAAAUGUCUCGUCUCUUUUCACAUGGAAAUAGCAGCACAUGAGAGUGGUGCAAAGGAUUUUUUUAUUUUUUUUUGCAAAAUAUUUGUGUCUUGCCAUCAAAUCAUCCAGAUUGUAAAACGGAUAAAUCCGCGUGACCUUUAAAUCCCAAGCAUGUAAGGAGUCUUUGUCUGUACAGUGUGUGCCCUGAACUGACCUGGCAGGGUCAGCUGGGAUCUGGGCUGAUGGAGAACUGAAGAGGAUAGCGUGCAGCAUCUUGAAACCAAUUGCCAUUAUGGACAAAAAAUGAAAUGCAUGGGUGGCUGUAUUUUUAAUAGAAAUCUUUUAAACAAUAACUCAAAGGGAGACCACAGUAAUAACACAACUAGGUUUUAAAUGCAUUUAAAAUCAACAUGGGAUUUACUAUUUCAUUUGAUUUGUUCCUCAUUCAUCUGCUGUAUGGGGCAUUUGAGUGACUGGCACUCAAUACCAUUAUUUUUUUUUAAAUCUUAUAUAGAGGUCGUUUCAAUAGGCAAAUAAUCACCAAUAAAUUUCCCAGUUCCCAACCCUGUGAACUGGAUCUGCAGUGGGGGUUUUGGUGGCUCAUGCUCCAGGAUCCACAUGCUGCAGUAAUCCAGAGAGGGUUAGGAUAAAGCCUGGCUUCGUCCUCACUCUCUGCCUCCUCCCAGAUCAGAUGAGAUUAGGAAAGAGCUAAGGAGCUCUGGGGUAAGGCAGGGCUCAGAAACGCUGAGCAGAGGAGGGACACAGCAGCAAGGCAGGUGGGCACUCCUUCAGGAGGAGAGAGCAGGAGAACAGAGACGAGUUCACUCAAGACUGCAGGGCUGAAUAUUCAUGUUGGUGCACGAGAAGGAGUGUCGCUGUGGAGGAGUGUUUGGAGCCAGCUAGACAAGCAAGCCAUGUCAAGCUGAUACCGGAGUAACAGAGUUGACAGUGGAACUAUGUGUUAAGGAUUGCCCGUUACCUGGAGCCCACUGAUAUUCUUCUUCGGCUGUUAGAGGAAGUUGUUUUGGCAAUGGGGAGGAGGAAGAUCCAGAUCACCCGGAUCGUCGAUGAGAGGAACCGACAGGUGACUUUCACGAAGAGGAAGUUUGGUCUGAUGAAGAAGGCCUAUGAGUUGAGCGUUCUGUGUGACUGUGAAAUCGCCCUCAUCAUCUUCAACAGCUCCAACAAGCUGUUCCAGUAUGCCAGCACCGACAUGGACAAAGUCCUGCUGAAAUACACCGAGUACAACGAACCCCACGAGAGCAGAACCAACUCUGACAUUGUAGAGGCCCUGAACAAGAAGGAGCACAGAGGCUGUGACAGCCCUGAUGCUGACGCCUCCUACGUCCUCACCCCGCACACCGAGGAGAAAUACAAGAAGAUCAAUGAAGAGUUUGACAACAUGAUGAAGAGUCAUAAAAUUUCCACAGGCCCUCCACAGCAGAACUUCAUGCACGGCAGCAUGUCGUACAGCCCCGGUGCAGGAGGGGGAGGAGGAGGAGGAGGAGGAGGAAGAGGAGGAGGAGUAGCAGCGACCUCCCAAGCUCUAGCUGCAGCCACAGCAGCUCUGGCCGACAGUGGGAUCCUCUCCUCGCCUCACACACACCUCCACAGAAGCAUGAACCCUCCACAAAGACCGCCCAGCACCGGGAACACAGGUGGCCUGCAGAGCAGUUCUGAUAUGAGUCUGCAAAACGAGUCAGGACCAGUUGUGAACGGUUUUGUGGGCUCGCCUGGUGGAGGCAGCUUGGGGAAGAUCAUACCACCCAAAUCUCCUUCCCCUCUUCCACCUCUUGGGAACAACCUGGUCCCUACCAGCCACAAGACGGACCUCCGAGUGGCCAUCCCGCAGUCCAAAGGACUGAUGCAAAUACUGAGUAACCAGAGGCAGAGUCAGUCCAGUCAGUCUCUGUCCACCCCGGUGGUCUCCAUCAACACCCCCAGUCUGCCUCACCAGAGUCUGGUCUACUGCGGCAUCAGCUCUGCCUACAACAACGAUUACUCCCUGAACAGUGCAGACCUGUCGGGCUUCAGCUGCCCUGCAGGCCCCUCUUUGGGCUCCAUGACGGCCUGGCAGCAACAACAGCUGGGCUCACUAGGGUCUGGAGGCCCCAAUCUCUCCAUCAGCACCAACCACAACGUCAACAUCAAAGCCGAGCCAAUCUCCCCACCCCGCAACCACCUCAGCCAAUCAGGGUACAUGACCCAUGCUCAUCCCCACUCAUCCACCAGAGCAGAGAUGGGGAGGUCUCCUGCAGACAGCAUCAGCUCCUCCUGCAGCUCCCACGAGGGUGGCAGCGACCGGGAGGAGCAGCAUCGGCUAGACUUCCACCCUGUGAGUCGGUCAGAGGGCAGGGAGGGUCAGACGGUCAAACGAAUGCGGAUGGACAGCUGGGUGACAUAGACCCUGCAGUCACAGGGCGACACAACGCCGGGCCAAACACAGGAGGGACACUGUUAUGCAAAAUGAUAUGUGGAUUGAUGUGUUCUGUUAUUUCUCUUAAGUUAUCUUUUUUAUUUGGUGUUGAGAUUUUUCAGAAGGGUUGAGUGAAAUUAGCGUGAAAAUUCUGGAUCCGUCGGAAUCAUCUCAUCAUCUUUCACAAAAUCGUACUUAAAACAUGACAUGCCGUCCUUUUCGAAUAUUCAUCAUUCAAGCAUCACAGACUUUUAUUGUGGGUCCAAUUGCAGUACAAUCUGUCAUUGUAUUAUUAUCAUCCAGUGGGAUACAGUACUGCACACAGAAGAAUGGUGAGACUAGUGUUGUCUGUCAGUCUCAUGGCUUCAGGACUAUGAUGGUAAAGCAGUGAAGUGCUUCUGGAUGUCUCCCACUGGGUGUCACCCAAUUCAUUUCUGAUCUUCUCAGGGUUUCAAACAUUGAACAAGUCUAACGUGAAAGCAAUACUCCCUCCCUAUCAUCCCUGCGUCUCCUCUUUAUAAAAACACUUAUUUAUAUCAGCCAAAGCAGUAUGCUGUUUUUAUGUUGUUUGUUUUUAUAUUGUGCACAGAAUAAGACAAUAUUUCAUUCAGAUUUCAAACUGAAAGCCAUGGACACUUGUUCGGUGUGUGCUACCCAAAUAUGUCGUUAUUGUUUUGUAUAUACUAUCGUUAAUAUAUAUAUCACUUUUGGUGUAACUAUAUAUUGUUGGUCUGCCUAUUGUAUCUGCCUGGGUGAAAUAUGACACCUCCAACAGAUUUUACAAAAGUCUAUUUUUGUGGAUGAUUCAAACAUUUACAAAGUGUUGAUUGUCCUUUCUUUCCUCAUCAAGUGUCUCUCGACGUUUCACCUGUUUUGUGAAACCAACAAAAGUAGAUUGCACUCUAGAAAAUACUUUUUAUUAAUGGGCAAAACAAAUCUAGCUCUUCAGAAGUUGUUUUACAGAAGGGACGUAUAUUAUCAAAGAGAAAGAUGCAAAUGAAACUGAUAAAACUUUCCGAUUUUGUCCGACAGCCUCAGCAGGGCCGAAUCUGGCCCGAAUCUGGCCCAACUGAUAAAGUUAGGUGAGGACACAUGAGCUCAUACGGGACAUGAUGAAAUCUCAAUUGCAGAAGGAAUCUCAUGUCACAUUAACAAAAGCGAAACACGCAAGUAGAAAAGUUGCACUUAUGUCAUGCGCGUUUGUGCAUGAGCUUACCUCCUCUAGUGUGUAUUUAAAGGUAAGAUGAAGGAUUUAAACUUAAAGAAGCAAACAAAAGGACAUUUGAACAGAAGUCCAUACCUGAUGAGUAUUUACAGGGUUGGGAUGUGUUUCUUCUUAUUUGACUUCAAUGCAUUGUUUUUAUAAUAAAGAUUAAGACAAUUACAAUGUAUGAGUGCUAAGGGAUAGGUUGGAGAAAUAAAACGUCCUGAGGUUCUUGGAGAUGGGAAUAUACUGAACGGUUGUGUGACUGAACAGUUCCUGAUUGACUCUGAUAAAAUGGAACUUGUGGGAAAGUACGAGGCACCACAUGCGGUGAGGAGUGCAAAAGCUGCAAGUAACCACAGCGGCUCCAAUGAAUGAUAGCGUGGACAGAAAGGUAGAGACAAAAAGAGCAGAGGGAAAGUUUUGUAGCACAUUCACUUGAGUUCAUGAACAAUUACAGUAAGAAAGGCAAUGUCAUUUCAU